GCUAUGUAUAAAUAGAAGAGCCGAACUCAGAUAUGGUACUCUUUGUUGGAAACCAGAAGGUGAGAAGACACGAGAACCAUGAAGACGACAUUAGCACAGAUGACAGCACUGUCGCUGAUUGUCAUUGCGACUUCAGCGCCACAGUCUCGUGCCGCCGUCGGUGGGCCGAACGAGCCAAUCCCUAUCUUACGUCAGGAGAACGAAGUGAACUUUGACGGAAGCUACAAAUACAGCUUUGAGACUGGCAACGGGAUUAUCGCGGAGGAGAACGGAUUCCUGAAGAACGCGGGGAACCCCGAGGCCGAGGCGCAAGUGGCCCAGGGUUCAUCCUCCUACACCUCCCCGGAAGGAGUUCAGAUCAAACUCAACUAUCUGGCGGACGAGAACGGGUUUCAGCCUCAAGGCGCCCACCUGCCCACUCCACCGCCAAUCCCUGAGGCCAUCCAAAGGGCUCUGGACUACCUCGCAUCCCUGCCGCCCAAUCAGCCCUAGGAAAGCUUCACCCGUCUCUUGUAACAGGUCCCAAACUUUGGGUCCCCAUGGAUCACAUCUGUGCCAGUAAAUUAACUUAAGAUUUCAUAAA